AUGUCCGCCGAAAAGAGACCCGCCGACGAUGAUCCUGGCGCGAGCCAGAUGCUCGUGAAGCGACAGAACGUGAGCAAUUCAACCGGCGCGCUUGCUCGAUUGAAUGCGUCUAGCAACGCACUUGUGCAGGGAGCCCCCCGAACAAGCGCCCUUCAAGCUCCUGUAAUGGAAUUGUCGGGACACUCUGGGGAGAUUUUCACAGCUAAGUUUGACCUCACGGGCAACCUGAUCGCUUCCGGCUCCAUGGAUAGGAGCGUGUUACUUUGGAGGACAUACGGCGACUGCGAAAACUACGGCGUGUUAAAUGGACACAAAGGCGCAAUUCUCGACCUCCAGUGGUCUCGCGACUCGGAGAUUUUGUACACAGCAUCCGCCGAUAUGCACCUCGCAAGCUGGGACUUGACGUCAGGUACGAGAAUCAGGCGAUAUAUCGGGCACGAAGAGGUGAUCAAUGCCGUGGAUAUUAGUCGACGUGGUGAAGAACUUCUUGUCAGCGGCAGCGACGACUCGACCAUUGGCAUCUGGGAUCCGAGGACGAAGAAUGCUGCGGAUUACAUUGAGACCGACUUCCCAAUAACGGCAUUGGCUUUAUCGCAAGCAGGAAACGAAAUAUACACGGGCGGUAUUGAUAAUGAUGUCCGAGUGUGGGAUUUAAGGAAGAAGGCCGUGAUAUACUCGAUGCCAGGUCAUUCCGAUACUAUCACCUCGCUGCGUGUUUCUCCAGAUUCGCAGUCCUUGCUGUCAUAUUCCAUGGACUCGACAGUGCGGACGUGGGACAUUCGGCCGUUCGCCCCAGCCCAACGACAAAUUCGAACCUUUGAUGGUGCAACCAAGGGCAUCGAGAAUAAUCUACUGGGAGCCAGCUGGGAUUCUGAUGGAAAGAAGAUUGCUGCUGCGUCGGGCGAUGGUACCGUCAUGGUAUGGUCCAGCGCAAGCGGCAAGCUUCUGUAUAAACUCCCCGGUCAUAAGGGCACAGUAAACUGCGCCGAAUUCUCGCCUGGCCAAGAUCCGAUCUUACUAUCUGCUUCAUCCGAUCGGACUAUGUUGCUAGGCGAGCUCAAGUGA